AUGGCGAAAACACGAAACUAUAAUGCUGAAAGUCAAAAUAACGAGACCCACAAUGAUGGUCCUCCUUCGAAGAAAAGGAAGCUGCAGUAUGACCGAGACAACCUUAGGAGAGCAUUUGAGGCCACUAGGAAGGGUAUUUCAGUUUAUAGCUCAGCCAAGGCCUAUUCUGUUUCAGAGUCUACAUUAAGAGACAGGCAUUUAGGACUGGUACCGCUUGAGUGUCACAUUGGUUUUGACAGUAUCUUUUCAAAUGUAGAAGAACAGAAACUUGUCAACCACAUUACAUAUAUGGCAAGUAUCGGCUAUGGGUACAACAAAUCUUCAAUCCAGCACAUGGCAUGGGAUUAUGCAAAAUCUCUAGGCAAACAAGUUAAAGCCAAAGAGUCCCUGAGUGAUAAUUGGUUUUAUGGUCUUUUGAAAAGGUGGCCUGAUUUGUGUGUAAAGAAAGCUCAGAAGCUGUCAAUUGCACGUGCAAAGUCUGCCUCCAGGGAAGCUCUCAACAACUACUACAGUGAGCUUGGUUCUAUCUUGACAAUUAAUGAUUUGACUGAUAAACUACAAUGUAUAUUCAACAUUGAUGAAACAGGUGUCAACUCUGAACAUUCUCCACCUAAAAUUGUGUGUGAUAAAAACACUAUCCCAAAGAAUGUCACUUCAUCCAGAUCGCAAACAGUAACUAUCAUAGCCUCUGGAAAUGCUUUAGGCAACUCCAUACCUCCUUACUAUGUAUUUCCAGGACAACGUUGGAAUCCUGAAUUCUUGAAUGAUGCAUGCCCUGGUUCUGCAGGUGAAAUGUCCAAGACAGGCUGGUCCAAUACAUGUAUAUUUGAGAAUUACUUGAAGAACCACUUCGCAACUUAUGCAAAUCUUUCUAGAAAUGUUGAUGGAUCCAAAAUCAUGAUCCUCUAUAAUGGACAUAGAUCUCAUACCUCUCUUACUCUGACUGACUGGGCAAAGAAGAACAAUGUUAUUUUAUACGUACUUCCUCCUCACUCAAGCCAUGUAACGCAACCUUUGGAUGUUGGAGUCUUUGGACCUUUCAAAUCAUGUACUACUCCGAAUGUCAGAACUUCAUGA